GAGGUUAAAUGGAUAUAAUUCAGCAGCCCUCACGUAACCCUCUCGCCGCCAUAUUUCGCCCUCUCCUAUAAAACCCACGAUCGACCCAUUUUUUCCGAGGUUUGGAUUUGAAGUCUGUUCAUUCGUCUCGGUAGCUCCAGUCUCCAGCACCUUCCGCCCAAUCCCAUCUCCAAAAUCUCACUCGCAGAGACCCCCGAAAACCCUAAUCCUCAUUUCCCAAUCAUGAACGUCGACGACGAUGACUUUGAGCCCGAGAUGGUGGACGACGAAGAGGAGGAGAUCACGCAGGAGGACGCUUGGGCUGUGAUCUCUGCCUACUUCGAAGAGAAGGGUCUGGUGCGGCAGCAGCUCGACUCCUUUGACGAGUUCAUUCAGAAUACUAUGCAGGAAAUUGUCGACGAGUCGGCUGAGAUCGAGAUUCGCCCCGAGUCUCAGCACAAUCCGGGCCACCAGUCGGAUUUUCUUGAGACCAUCUACAAAAUUAGCUUUGGUCAAAUAUAUCUGAGCAAGCCUAUGAUGACGGAGUCGGAUGGUGAAACUGCCACUUUGUUUCCAAAGGCUGCAAGAUUGAGGAAUUUAACAUACUCAGCCCCCUUGUAUGUGGAUGUCACGAAGAGAGUUAUAAAGAAAGGACAUGAUGGAGAAGAAGUCACUGAGACUCAGGAUUUUACCAAAGUCUUCAUUGGGAAGGUUCCCAUAAUGCUUCGGUCGAGUUAUUGCACCUUGUAUCAGAAUUCGGAGAAGGAUUUGACAGAACUUGGAGAGUGUCCAUAUGAUCAAGGAGGAUAUUUCAUUAUAAAUGGGAGUGAAAAGGUUCUGAUUGCUCAGGAGAAAAUGAGCACCAAUCAUGUUUACGUUUUCAAGAAGAGGCAACCUAACAAGUAUGCAUAUGUGGCGGAGGUCCGAUCAAUGGCUGAGUCCCAAAACAGGCCACCAAGCACAAUGUUUGUGCGGAUGCUUUCACGAACUAGUGCUAAAGGGCAAGGCUCUUCAGGGCAAUAUAUUCGUGCUACCCUUCCGUACAUUCGGACUGAGAUUCCUAUUAUUAUUGUGUUUCGGGCUCUAGGGUUUGUUGCUGACAAAGAUAUAUUGGAACAUAUAUGUUAUGAUUUCUCUGAUACUCAAAUGAUGGAGUUGCUUCGGCCAUCCCUGGAAGAAGCUUUUGUUAUUCAAAAUCAGCAGGUUGCCCUUGAUUACAUUGGGAAAAGAGGAUCCACAGUUGGUGUCACAAAGGAAAAGAGGAUUAAGUAUGCCAAAGAGAUCCUUCAAAAAGAAAUGCUUCCCCAUGUUGGUGUGGCAGAAUAUUGCGAGACAAAGAAAGCAUACUAUUUUGGGUACAUCAUACAUCGGCUUCUACUCUGUGCUCUUGGUCGAAGGCCUGAAGAUGAUAGGGAUCAUUAUGGCAACAAGAGACUUGACCUUGCUGGUCCUUUACUUGGAGGCCUGUUUCGAAUGUUGUUCAGAAAGUUGACCAGGGAUGUAAGAACUUAUGUUCAGAAGUGUGUUGAUAAUGGGAAGGAUGUUAAUCUACAAUUUGCAAUAAAAGCUAAAACAAUCACCAGUGGUCUUAAGUACUCCCUUGCUACUGGAAACUGGGGUCAAGCAAAUGCAGCUGGCACAAGAGCUGGAGUUUCGCAGGUGUUGAAUCGACUGACAUAUGCCUCCACUUUGUCUCACUUGCGAAGACUAAAUUCUCCCAUUGGCCGUGAAGGGAAAUUGGCAAAACCACGGCAGUUGCACAAUUCACAAUGGGGUAUGAUGUGCCCUGCUGAGACACCUGAAGGACAGGCAUGUGGACUAGUGAAGAAUCUUGCAUUAAUGGUUUACAUAACAGUGGGAUCAGCAGCAUAUCCUAUACUGGAAUUUUUAGAAGAAUGGGGUACUGAGAAUUUUGAGGAAAUUUCUCCUGCUGUUAUUCCCCAAGCUACAAAAAUUUUUGUCAAUGGUUGUUGGGUUGGCAUCCAUCGUGAUCCUGAUAUGUUGGUGAAAACACUAAGGCGACUGCGAAGACGGGUUGAUGUUAAUACUGAAGUUGGGGUUGUUCGAGAUAUCCGGUUGAAAGAACUUCGAAUAUAUACAGACUAUGGGCGCUGCAGUCGGCCAUUAUUUAUUGUGGAGAAACAAAAGCUUCUAAUAAAGAAGAAAGAUAUUCAAGCAUUGCAGCAAAGGGAAACUGCGGAAGAGGGUGGCUGGCAUGAUCUUGUCUCUAAGGGAUUUAUUGAAUAUAUUGAUACAGAAGAAGAAGAGACUACAAUGAUUUCUAUGACCAUUAAUGAUCUUAUAACGGCAAGGCUCAAUCCAGAAGAAGCAUAUUCUGAAACUUAUACCCAUUGUGAAAUCCACCCAUCAUUGAUAUUGGGUGUUUGUGCUUCAAUCAUACCAUUUCCCGAUCAUAACCAGUCCCCACGUAAUACGUAUCAGUCUGCUAUGGGGAAGCAAGCCAUGGGAAUUUAUGUCACCAACUAUCAAUUUCGAAUGGAUACAUUGGCAUAUGUUCUCUACUACCCGCAAAAGCCUCUUGUUACUACUCGAGCUAUGGAGCAUCUGCACUUUAGGCAGCUUCCAGCUGGCAUUAAUGCCAUUGUCGCCAUUGCAUGUUAUUCGGGGUAUAAUCAAGAAGAUUCUGUUAUUAUGAACCAAUCUUCAGUAGACCGCGGAUUCUUUCGAUCCCUAUUCUUCCGUUCAUAUAGGGAUGAAGAGAAGAAAAUGGGGACACUUGUUAAGGAGGAUUUUGGGCGGCCAAACAGAACUGAUACAAUGGGCAUGCGACAUGGCUCCUAUGAUAAAUUGGAUGAUGAUGGUCUUGCAGCUCCUGGCACCAGAGUUUCAGGUGAGGAUGUUAUCAUUGGUAAGACCAGUCCUGUUGCUCAAGAUGAGUCUCAGGGGCAGAGUGCACGUUACACACGGCGUGACCAUAGCACAAGCUUACGGCACAGUGAAACUGGGAUUGUGGAUCAGGUUUUACUGACAACAAAUGCUGAUGGGUUGAGAUUUGUGAAAGUUCGGGUGAGAUCUGUUCGUAUACCUCAAAUUGGAGACAAGUUUAGCAGUAGACAUGGUCAGAAGGGGACUGUUGGCAUGACUUACACGCAAGAAGACAUGCCAUGGACAGUAGAAGGCAUCACUCCAGAUAUUAUUGUGAAUCCACAUGCUAUUCCUUCUCGAAUGACAAUUGGUCAGCUUAUUGAGUGCAUCAUGGGGAAGGUUGCUGCUCACAUGGGAAAGGAGGGGGAUGCUACUCCUUUUACCGAUGUUACUGUGGACAAUAUCAGCAAAGCUCUUCACAAGUGUGGAUAUCAAAUGCGUGGUUUUGAGACCAUGUACAACGGUCAUACAGGGCGGCGUCUCACUGCUAUGAUAUUCCUUGGCCCUACUUAUUACCAGAGACUUAAGCAUAUGGUUGAUGACAAGAUCCAUUCCCGUGGGCGGGGCCCUGUGCAGAUUCUUACAAGGCAGCCUGCUGAAGGACGGUCCCGUGAUGGAGGUCUUCGUUUUGGGGAGAUGGAACGGGAUUGCAUGAUUGCACAUGGUGCUGCUCACUUUCUCAAAGAGCGAUUGUUUGACCAAAGUGAUGCAUACAGGGUUCAUGUAUGUGAGCGUUGUGGGUUGAUAGCUAUUGCUAACCUCAAGAAGAAUUCUUUUGAGUGCAGAGGUUGCAAGAAUAAAACUGAUAUUGUUCAGGUUCAUAUCCCUUAUGCUUGUAAACUGCUGUUCCAAGAGCUAAUGGCCAUGGCCAUAGCACCUCGAAUGCUCACAAAGGACGUCAAACCGUCCAAAAACCAAAAGAAGAAAGGUGCCUGAGAUGCCUGGCUUCCUUAAGGGCUGUAUUAUUAACAUGCUAUUUGCAUUCGUCCAAACAACUGGUUGGGAGAGGGAGUUUUGAGAAGAGGAAGAGGCCCCUUUCCUUGCUGCCCGGAGAAUGUGGGAACAAGGGAGGGCCUCUCAUUGUACAGUCCAUUCAACCUCCAAUUAGACCCUUUUCCUACGGUGUUUUUAGUUUUUGGUUAGCCCAAAUGCAUGGAUGGAUCCUGUGUCUUACCGAAUAGCAGCAGAAGCCCCCUUUGUCGCAGAGCAGCCUUUACCAGAGAUUGUUGAGCGACUCUGAUCCAAUGGGUCUUCCUUACCAAGUGCAUGGAAAAUGGAAAGUGGAAAAUGGAGGAUGGACUCGGGAGGAAUUAGAGGCUGAAAUAUGUCACGGAUAUUGGUGUCAAGAAGAUAUGUUGUAUGCAUAAUUAAAGGAGAGCUCAAAUACUAGGAGAGAAUCAAUUUGUUUUCAGAUUUUAGGCAUGGUAAUUUACGUAAUCGAUUGGGUGAAUACAUUUUGCUACAUCAAAUUAAUUCAUGACAAAGUUAAUAUGCCCGUUUGGAUAAAA